GAGAUCUGUGAACGUAACAACAACAAUGAGGUUGUCUUUUGGUCUUGCUGCCGUGAAAGGCCUGAGGAAGAAGAAGGUAGCAGGAGGAGGAAGAAGAAAAGGAAGAAGAAGAAGCAUCGUAAAGGCUGAUGCUAGAUCCGCCGCAACCUUUGGGGAGACCCCCGAGGAAGUGUGGAUGGAGAUCCUGGCGCGAUUGCCAGUGAAUUCGCUGUUGAGGUUCAAGUGUGUGUCGAAGCUCUGGUCUUCUUUGAUCUCCUCUCGGUAUUUCACCAAUUUUUUCUUCAAAUUGUCGUCACAGACGCUAGAAAGGCGUGUGUUCAUGUCUGUGGUGGACUUGCAAAGCUACAGUGACUAUAUGCUGUUCUCAGCAUCAUCGCCUAGAAACUGGGACGCAUCAGUAUCUUUCCUUCAACUCAACGAAGAUCUGACUUUGCCGGCAAUGAGAGGCCAUUUCGUGAACCCGCUUCGGGGGUUGAUGUGUUUCAGGCUUGGGAGAGAAGUACGGAUCUAUAACCUCACCACAAGGCAGCUCUUGAGGUUGCCCAUUGUAGAAUCCAACAUGUGGGAAGGUGAUUCUCUUAUGUGGAACUAUUUUGGGCAUGAUCCUGUUAGUGAUGAAUACAAAGUGCUAAGCAAUGUUAGUUCGGUCAGCAAGGGAUUGAGGAGAGUGAGCUCCGAGACUCAGGUUUUGGUUCUUGGAGCUGGAGCUUCAUGGAGAAACACUCGGAGCCACACUCAUCCUCCUCAUCGUCCUUACUCCCAAGGGAUCUCGAUCAAUGGUGUUUUGUACUAUGGUGCUUGGUGUCUUGGGAAGAGAUGUGUGCUCAUUAGUUUUAACUUGGCUUCUGAGGAGUUUAAUUUGAUUGAGUUACCAGUUGAGGCUGGUGUAAUCUGGCAUCCUUGUCGAGCUAAUCUCAUGAAUUACAGAGGUAAAGUAGCUGUCUUUGAGUGUUCCCGUCUCGUUACUGAAUGUAUGCUACAGCUCUGGGUGGUUGAGGAUGCCGGGAAGAGUAAAUGGUCGCACAAGGUUUUUGUUUUACCUUGUCAUGAGCUUAGGCAGAGCCUCGAUAUUAAUGAGUUGUUGAUUAGAAGUACCAGUCGCAGCGGAGAGGUCAGGUUGUCUCGAAGAAGAUUUGAUAGAAGUAAAACAUCAAUCAAUGUUAUUUACGACUUGGAGAAGAAUCGUAUAGCCGGAGGGGUUGUUAUGGAGCCAUUAUACCCCAGGUUCACUUGUGUCGGGCCUUUGCGGGCGAUUCUUUGGGAUGAUGUUGAGAGCAUCAUGUAUUUAGAAGGCUGAAAUUAACCUCUCAGUUUUUUUCUUUAAACGUAAUAACAAUAAUACGCACACAUCUAAUUAGACCAUGUACAAUGCAAGAUUGUUAACAUAUUUCUUAGUAAUA